AUGUCUAUUGUAACUAUACGUGAUGUCACAUUCCUGAACAAUCCGGCAAAAUUCCAAGAUCCAUACUACUUCAAGGUUACGUUCGAGUGCAUAGCUCCACUGAAGGAAGACCUUGAAUGGAGAGUUAUAUUCGUCGCCUCUCCCGACCGAGAAGAUCUUGAUCAAGAACUUGACGACUGUAUGGUUGGACCAGUACCCCCUGGCGUGAACGCCUUUGAUUUUGAAGCCAACCCACCCAACCCCGCAAGCAUACCUAAAGAGGAUGUACUAGGAGUUGCAGCAGUUAUUCUAACAGGCCUAUACAAAGACCAGGAGUUUGUCCGAGUGGGAUACUAUCAAAAUACCGAAUACGACACAGAGGAAAUGAACCAAGACCCUCCAGCUGAAAUAGAUUUCUCUCGGCUACGUCGAGAACUGGCUGCAAAGCCUCGUGUAACGAGGUUCAACAUCAAGUGGGAUACCGACGCCACUCCUGCGCCAACCACCCCUUCGAUACCCACCGCUUCAUCCAAUACAACAAACGCCGCUCCGGGCGCACCGUUGGCUCGAGACCCUGGGGCGUACGGUGGGCUUUCAGCAUCCUCUGUAUCCGUUCCAGCCGCAUCUAGCACUGCCGCAACUCUUUCCGUACACAUGUAUGACAGACGAACUGGACUUCUAGAUUUACCGGCUGAACUGCUGUUUGAAAUAUUGGCAUACUCUACUUCGGCUCAACUACCCCUUGUCAAUAAACACCUUUUGCACACCUUCCACCACGCUCCGCCGUCUUGCCGAGCCUAUUUCAUACUGGGCAGACUCAAGCCAUCGGCUCUCAUAACACCCGGGCUCAUCUUAGAGAGCGCACUCUCCUAUCCAAUAUGCACUGAAAUCGUUCUCGACUAUCUGGAGCACAUGUGUCCGCUUGCCUUGUUAUCCCGGUCGGAGCUCAAGGCUGUCCGCGUCUCACCAGGUAGAUGGCUGUUCCGAAACCUACAAAGCCAACCCAAACCGAAGCGGAGGCGAAAAUACGGGCCUAAUUUUACUCCUAACCCAUUAUUUUGUUCGAAUGCAAACUCUCGUACCAAUCCGUUAACCUUUCUCGAGGCUCUAGAACGUCGAUACACGCUUGAAUUCCCGGCGCUUGGAUCGGCGUUUUCUUUAGCCAUGUGCGUGCGAGCUGGGCCAGCGCAACGCCCGUUGUUGGAACUUUUGCUACGGAACGGCGCAGAUCCCAGUGCCAAAUCUUGUUUGCCGUUACAGAUUGCUGCCGCCUCGGGUGAUCUAGGCGCGUUGAAGUUGAUGAUUGAGCCUUCCGUAGAGCAACAAGCCCAGGGAACCGUUGGGGCAAAACGUAGGCGAAUGGAGGACAGAGCCCAACCAACGACCAAAGUUUUAUUGGAGGCUGUCAAGGGGAGACACAUCGAGGUGGCGGAAUGGCUCAUGCAUGAGAAAGGCGUUGUUCCAGAUAUGACAACCAUGCGGAUGUUACAAGAUGUUUAG